GGAGAGCGCUUGGCCGCCGCAAGAAGCGCGAUCGCCGGCUUCUUCCUACUGCGCCCUCGACGGCUGCGAGGAGCUGGUCGUGGCGAGCAGAGGAAGGGUGCUAGCGGCUGAGCGAGACCGGCGAGCGAGGAUGGCGCCCGGAGAGGAAGCGUCUCGCUCUCCGUCAACAUAGAAGGAAAGCUGACGGAGAGAGACGGGUGGGCACCGGACAGCCUGGCUGAGGGUCUCUGCGGGAAUCGGACAGCUCCCGUCCCUCUCUCUCUCUGGCAAUCCAGAUCGACUUUAGAUUGGUGCAUUGGACUUCAAAGAAUAACAUUCGUAACUAAGUUUUUUUGCCUGCUCGCACCGUCGGGUUUAAACUUUUCUCGGCGGCCACUCAUGCUGCCGGUGGCGACAGCCCGGGGCUCCUUUGCUGUCCUCCAGUCGGCUGUCAAAUGCCCCGAUUCCCGCCAAGAGUAAACGCCAAUCGGACUUGGGUGUUGCAGGGAGCGCUUUGCACCUACUCGAGCUAAGGAGGGGGCCAUUGGAGGGCGGGGGGCGUCGGGGAACGGGACCCGAGGAGCAGGAGGAGAACCGACGGCGCGCCUAACCACCGCCAGUUAUAGGCCGUGGCAGGGAGACUGCGGCGGGGUUUUGCCGGAGCACGUUUCGGGGUUCGGAGAGAGGGGGCAGGCACCCCCGAAUUUGGGCGUCCGGAGCGCAGGAGCCACCAUUGAUUUCCUGCGUGUGGCUCGCAGCGACGGGCUGGGCGCUGCCGCCGCCGCCGCCGCCGCCGCUGCCGCCGCGGGCAUGGCCAAGCCGGUUGACCACGUCAAGCGGCCCAUGAACGCCUUCAUGGUGUGGUCGCGGGCGCAGCGGCGCAAGAUGGCUCAGGAGAACCCCAAGAUGCACAACUCGGAGAUCUCCAAGCGCCUGGGCGCCGAAUGGAAGCUGCUGAGCGAGGCGGAGAAGCGGCCCUUCAUCGACGAGGCCAAGCGCCUGCGGGCCAUGCACAUGAAGGAGCACCCCGAUUACAAGUACCGGCCGCGGCGAAAGCCCAAGACGCUGCUCAAGAAGGACAAGUUUGCUUUCCCCGUGGUGCCCUACGGUUUGCCCGACGCCGCCGAGCAUCACGCGCACCAUCUUGGCCACCACCACCCGGCCCUCAAGGCGGGCGCCCUCCACGGCCACGAAGCCCUGCUGGCCAACCCGGAGAAGGCGGCCGCAGCCGCCGCAGCUGCGGCCGCGCGCGUCUUCUUCCCCCCGACGGCGGCCGCGGCCGCGGCUGCUGCUGCAGCGGCCGCUGCUGGCAGCCCUUAUUCUCUGCUCGACCUGGGCUCGAAGAUGGCAGCGGAAAUCUCAUCGUCGGCGUCUGGAGGCUCCGGCGGAGGAGGCGCGGCGUCGGGGUUGCCCUACGCCUCAUCGCUGGCUUACCCGACGGCUGGCGGCGCUUUCCACGCGGCGGCGGCGGCGGCUGCCGCGGCUGCAGCCAGCGGCGGCCACACUCACUCGCACCCGUCCCCGGGUAACCCGGGCUACAUGAUCCCCUGCAACUGCAGCGCCUGGCCCAGCCCGGGGCUCCAGCCCCCGCUGGCCUACAUCCUCCUGCCGGGCAUGGGCAAGCCCCAGCUGGACCCCUACCCCGCGGCCUAUGCGGCGGCCCUAUGACAUCCUGCCCCCCACGUUGGACCCCUGUACAGAGGAAGCCUGUGGGGCGCCUGGGGGCUGGACUCCGACGCCGGACUCUAGCCGACUGAACCCUCUUCUUCCCAGCCUGCUGCUGCUGUUGCUACCGCCGCCGCGGUGCCCUCCAGCCAUCUGCUCUACGGGGCCGCCGACUGGGGUUUCCGGACGAGAACAUUUCGCCUCUCCAUCCGUCUUGUCGCCUCCCUCGCCGCCCGUCCAUUUCUUCAACCUGUUGCCUUCCCU